AGAGUAAAAAAUGGUAAAAAAAAUCCAAUCUUGAUGUUGGAAUCAACAAAUCGCAUUCAAAAGAGUGUUGGAUGGCGGUUAGCAAUUAGGAUCAGUGCUCUGUACUCUACUUUUUCCCUCCAAAAAAAUUCAAUCUUUUCACACAAGAUUCAAUUUUUAAUUUUCCUUUUUUUAUUUUCGGAAUUCAAAAUAAAAAAGCACUAUAAAUUCAAGUACAAUCCAUUUCGUCCCCACUCAACCACUCCUCCACCAAUCCCUACUCAAGUUCAACCCCACACCAAUCCCCACUAAUCAUGUCUCCUCCCUCUCCCCGCCGCUCCGGCGAGAUCCACGUCAUCGUCGGACCCAUGUUCGCCGGCAAGACCACCGCCCUCCUCCGCCGUGUUAUCUCCGAAUCCGACUCCGGCAGGAAAGUGGUGAUGAUAAAAUCGAGCAAGGAUAAUCGAUACGCAACGGAUGCAGUGGUGACGCAUGAUGGAACAAAGUUCCCUUGCUGGGCUUUGCCAGAUCUCUUGUCUUUUAAGCACAACUGUGGUGCCGAAGCAUAUUCCAAAUUGGAUGUGAUUGGUAUUGACGAAGCUCAAUUCUUCGGGGACCUCUACGAUUUCUGCUGUGAGGCAGCCGAUCUCGACGGUAAAACAGUAGUAGUUGCUGGCCUCGACGGUGAUUACUUAAGGAGGAGUUUCGGAUCGGUGGUGAGUGUGAUUCCACUUGCGGACACUGUAACGAAAUUGACAGCACGGUGUGAAGUAUGUGGCAAAAGGGCUUUGUUCACUCUGAGGAAGACCGACCAGACACAAACGGAGCUUAUUGGCGGUGCUGAUGUGUACAUGCCUGUUUGCCGGCAGCACUAUACGAACGGACAAGGUGGAACUGCUUCUGAAACAUCUGCUGCUGCUGUUUAGAAUGUUCUAUUUCAUUGUCUUGAUUCUCUUCUCUUCUGUUUUCUUUUUUGUAUAGUUUUAGUUUUAUUAUGUUUUGGAAUGAGUUUAAGAUGAUUAGUGUUUGAUGAACUAUUGUUAAUCAAGGCUUUAUGAUUAUUGGUUAA